AUGGCUACAUAUACUCAGCCGACGAAACAACUGCGUCCCUGGUCACAUGCAACCCAUAGCUCACAUAGUUCUGUGUCUCCAGACCGUAGUGGUGAUUCCAGGCAUGAUUCCAAACAGGAUACCCAUUACGAUACACAUCCCUCAUAUCAGAUGAGCCAUUUGGAAGACUAUGAAAUAAUGCAGCAACUAGGAAAAGGAACAUUUGGUCUUGUCUCCAAGGCAAGACAACGAAGUACGAGUAAAUUGGUGGCACUAAAGAAGUUUAUAGUUCACGAUCGCAAAGAUGGCUUUCCAAUUACGUCUUUUCGUGAGAUAACCAUCAUGAAGAAGCUUCAUCAUUUGAAUGUGUUACAGCUUAUUGACAUGGUACAUGAAAGGACGUCGACCAGUAAGGCCAUAGGAUUUUUUUAUACAGUUACACCAUACAUUUCAUCUGAUCUUAAUGGUCUUUUGAACAAUCCCAGAGUUGUCCUUACCGUACCGCAGAUUAAAUGCAUCAUGAAGCAAGUUUUACAGGGCAUAAAUUAUGUUCACGGUCAGAAUUAUCUUCAUAGAGAUAUCAAAACGGCAAAUAUCUUGCUUGACUUCUUCGGCGUGGUGAAGUUAGCCGAUUUUGGUCUUGCUAGAGUGUACCACGGAAUCCCUCCGGUGAAUGCACAGUCCCCUCCCGGUGGAGGAAUCUACGAGUAUACGAGUCUUGUGGUGACGAGAUGGUAUAGACCUCCAGAAUUACUUUUGGGUGAUAGAAAAUACACCACAGCAGUGGAUAUGUGGGGGAUUGGAUGUGUACUUGGUGAGAUGUAUAAGAAGAAGCCGAUACUAGAGGGGGACUCUGAUCUUGAUCAAGCAGAUCGGAUAUUUAGAUUGGUAGGAGCACCUACCGAAGAGAGCUUUCCUCAUUAUCGAGAAAUUAACCGGAAUGAGGUGAACUUGGAAGUGAGCUACGAAAGAACUUUGGAAGAAGAGUACUCUGGAUUGAUGGAUAAGGAUUCAUUAAGUUUAUUUGCAGGACUUGUUGAACUGGAUCCUGAAAAACGAUUCAAUGCGCAAAAGGCACUGAAUUCUUCAUUUUUUAGCAUGGAACCACUUCCAUGCAAACCGGAAGAACUUCCCAAGUUUGAAGAGAGUCAUGAAUCUGAUAUCAAGAGAUUUAAGCAGGAGAAACAUGACAUAUCAAGUUCUGCCCCAACUGAAUCGCUCAACCAUUCACGGUAUGGAGCAGGACAAGUGGAGAUGUAUAGAAAUGGAGAGGCACCACCAAAUUAUAGAGGAUCGUGGACAGGAGCACGUGGUGGAUGGAGAGACCGGCAUCGUGGACCACCACCAUCACAAAAUGAAUAUUAUAGCGAAGAUCUUCCCAGUUCAAAAGCACAUGGAUCGGAUCUAUAUGGGGCCGAAGAAGAUCAGAGUUUCGGUGCGAUGAAAAGGUUUCUCCACCACGAGAAUGGAGAAAAGACGAAACGGCCAAAGAAGUAG